AUGGGCACUUUACUGCGAUACCUGACUACGGGGGAGGGGUCCGAUCUCAUCCUCAUCUGCAACGGGGAGUUCUUUUUUGUUCACAGGACGAUUAUUGCCGCUAGUUCACGGUUCCUGAGGGCAGAUGCAUGUGCAUCAAUGCUAUUUGACGGUGAAGCCAUCAUGGUCAACGACGUUUCACCUGCUGCAUUGGGGAAAGUACUCACGUUCGUCUAUCACGGCGAUAUUCCAGAUUCCUACCGGAAGACCCUGGAAUCCAACGCCUUCUCUCACCUGCCGCUGCAUCAAAAGUUCCCGAUCACAGACAAAUUCCUUACCACGGUGAAGGGCAAGCCAAUUACUGUCGAUCUCAAUGAUGGCACUACCAGGACGACAGACACCGUCACCAACAAGCAGAAGUGGGCAAUCAUGCUGGCCAAGCAGGCUGCGCUGAAAGACCCAUACGAUAUGGAAGCCUGCAGGGGCUACGCCGAAGUCAUCUCCGAGGUAGAUUUGUAUUUUGCGGCAGAGAAGUUAGAGAUCCCGGCGUUGAAGGGAGUAGCCAUGGGCAAAGUCUCGGCCUGGUUUGAAGCCGAACUACAGGCAGGACUCCCACUCUCUUGCGACUUUUGCACAUGCGCGACCUAUGUUCUCAGGGAGCAUAGGGAGUUCGCCAAAUCGUUCAUCGGCGUCUGCGCAAAAUACCUGCCGGUUGUGGAAAAAGACAGUGCCCUGGUGGCUCUGAUCGAAGAGCUUCAUCCGAUGACCUGGAACGCAAUGAUGUCCGUCCGUCAGGAAUGGGCCGCCCGUCUGAGAGAGACAAUUCAGGACUUGGAGAAGAGCAAGGAGCAGCUUUCAGCUCUAGAGACACGUAACCUCCAACAGAAAUCCGAGGCCGAGGAUUCCAAGAAGUUGCUGAAGUCUCAGGUGGAGACGUUGUCAAGGUAUCUGGCAUCGGCUAAAGGCAGGGCUGACACAGCUGAGGCGACGGUCCGUCAGCUGGAGAGUUCGCAGGUGUCAUUGAAGCAAGAGUUGCUUGACGAGAAGGCUUCUGUGCUGAAAUGGGAGGGUGCGAAUAAGGCGAUGCAGAAAUACAAGCCUCAGAAAGUUGACCGUUCGCUUCAAAAGCUCACUGAGAAGGUCGAAGAUCUGGAGAGAGCGGUCGCCUCCAAAGAGGAGGCGCUGCAGCAGUCACGGUCGGCCAACCGAAAAAUCAAGGACGACCUUCGCUAUGAGAACGAGGGCCUACGUGCUGAGAUUGAUGAGAUGAAGAAUGCUUUCAAUCUGUUUCUGGCGUUUGUGAACUAUGAGCAUGACUGCCCACGCUGUGGAUGUGAGUGGAACCUCCGCAUCGGCGACAACCACUACACAUCGAUCAGCAUUGGGUGCAAGCGUUGCGACUUCUAG